UUGCAAGAGACUACCAAGUGGUCAAAAUUAAUCCUUAAAGUGAAGAUCAAUCAUUGGAAAAUAAAUGAUUGAUCAUGGAUUGUAAUUUUUCCAUUUUAUUCAGGCUGUUAUUGAUAACAGUCUGUUGUUCAACAAAAGUUGACGACGUUAAAAAGGUUUGGAAAGUUAACUGUCCCCGUGACUGUUCUUGUGAGAUCUUACCGUAUGCUGAAUUGUCUUUGCAUCAUUGGAUUAAUUCAACUCAUGAUUAUCAGGAAGAGUCACUCUAUCAUGUGGAUAUCAAAGACCCAUUAUCAAAUGAUCUUUUCAAAUCUGUAACGUGUCUCGUUGCGAAAAAUCCUCGGAAGCUUUUAUCAUCAGUACCUGUCGACGUUCAGAUUUUAACUAUUUUGGAAUCAGAAGCUAGAGAAUCAAAAUUAAUAAUCCAAUCUAGUGAUGUCGAAUUGUUUAAUGAUUUAAUAUCCCUCGAUAUUCAAGGACUAUCAAACAGCGAUCGUGUUAGCUCGAAUAGAAUAUCAGAAUAUGAAGAUGAAAAAAGAGGAAUCGUAUUAUCAGCAGAUACGCUUCUUCCCUUGGCUAAUAAGUUACUUUUUUUAAAUCUCGAACGAGUAGAGUUAACUCGGCUCACAGUAAAAGAGAGAAAAAAAGCAAAUCUUGUGGUGAAACCAGUUCAACCCAAAACGGACUCGUCUUUUAUUUAUCAAUCGAACCAAACAAGACACCGUCUAAUUUUCUUGACGAACAAUGACGAAAAAGAAAUAUUACCUUACGAUAUUUACAAGCAAGAGAUCGAAGGCUAUCGACUGUCAUCGGGGCUCUUUACAGAACUCAGGGCGUUGACACAUCUGCGUGUAAAUGAUUGUGCUCUCAAAGAUAUUACUUGGCACAUGUUUGAUGGCCUUGACAAUCUCAAGUAUUUAUCAUUGCAAAAAAACAAUUUAAAAUUCAUUCCAGAAUUUUGCUUCUAUGGCACCCCGAACUUGAGGAUUUUAUCACUCGCCAAUAAUGAACUUUUAUCGUUAACAAGCGUGGAUUUAGCAGGACUUCUAGUACUUGAAAAACUCGAUUUGAGUAAAAAUAAUUUGACAUUUCUUUCGGAGGUUUCACUUCCACCAUUUCCAACCUUAAUAUCUGCUGAUUUUGGAGAUAAUCCUCUUAUAUCAAUAUUUCCAAAUUCCUUCGAAAUUAUGAAUAAAACCUCUCGACUGAAAAUUGGAGGCUCUGCACUAAAGCUAGAAAAAAAUGCAUUUCUUGGUUUGAAAAAUUUGCAGAUAUUAUCUGUUUAUGAUUUAGAUAUACCCGUUUUAGAAAGAUUUGUAUUUUAUGGAAUGCCAUUAUUGACCGAUUUGAAAUUGAGAGGAGUAAUUUCGAGUAUAGAAUUUGAUGCAUUUGUAGAUUUAGAUAAUUUAAUAAAUUUAGAUUUAAGCCACUGUCAAUUAACAUCAAUUUCAAUGGAUGCUUUUUAUGGUUUAAAGAGUAUAAAUCAAAUUGAUUUAUCUCAUAAUAACUUAAAGAAUAUUCCAAAAGGAUUAUUUUCUGCUCAACAGCAGCCUAAUCUCAAAAAAAUAAUUUUGACUGGAAAUAAGCUAUUUACAUUGCCUCAAGACUUUUUUAAAUUGUUACAUCUUCCUUCAAAACACAUCAAAGUUGAAAGUAUCUUAUUAAAUAGAAAUCCUUGGGAUUGCAACUGUGACAUGCUAUCAUGGAAUUUCAAUUUGGUUCAUCUAGUCAAAGGAAUGGCACCCAGGUGUUCAACACCAACAUCAUUAAGGAAUCGGGGUGUAUUUUAUGCUUUAAGAACAGGUGCAUUAGAGUGCAAGAACAUUAAACAUAAACUAAAAAAGAAACACUUGAAAAUUUCAAGAAAUUUACGUGUUAAGACAGUUAGUUAGUCUUGAAAGCAUUGGUACAUAAA